UCUAGUCUGACCCCGGCAGCCUGCACAAGAUAGAAGACUGGUUGGUUUAGAGCAGAAAUUCAAUCAACAGACCAGCAAUCCUGGAAGAAACACUGACGAAAAGAAGGUAUAUCCUAAACAGUCUUUUGACGUAGACAACGGAGUGCGCAGACCCAGACAAGACGUAAUUAAAGUGACUAUUUCCUACUGGUAGCGCUGUUCACGAACCCCUCUCGCCUGUGAUUGUGGGUUAUUUCCAGUGACAGCACCCGACUGGAAACAUGAACUUCAGACAUCUCUCCGCCGUUGCCUGUUUUGUUUUCACGGGUUGUUUGGCGGUGGUACAGGGUGUAACACUAGAGGUGAAAGAUGGGAACUCCACCUGUAUCAAGGCAGAACUCACAGCUACAUUCUCAAUCACAUACGACACUUCCAAUGGAACGCGCACAGUGAAUGUGGCCCUCCCAGACUCAGCAGCAGUGGGCAAUGGGAGUUCGUGUGGACGUGAAGAUGCUCAACCUGAGCUGGAGGCUUCCUUUGGGGACGGACACACUUUUAGUCUGUCCUUUUCCACUGACGGCAACCAGUACAGAGUGGCUAACCUCAGCCUGACGUAUAACCUCAACGACAGCGCCACCUUCCCACAGUCCUCCAGCACUGAGACCGUUACCUUGGUGACAAACUCUUCGGGGAUCGCGGCGCGCAUGAACAGCACGUAUAGGUGUUUGAGCUCCACCACUGUCAGUCUGAAGGGAACGGACGUCACCGUCACCCUCUCCAACAUGAAGAUGGAGGCCUACAUGCUCGGAGGUGACCUCAGCCAAAACGAGAGUGUGUGCAUGGCGGAUCAGAGCGCUACAACUGCACCCCCAACUGCAGCUCCCACUGAAGCCCCUACACCCGCCCCUACGCCCAGCAACCCAGAACGUGGCAACUACAACGUCACCAACGGCAACGGUACCAUCUGCUUACUGGCCAGAAUGGGGCUCCAGCUUAACAUCACCCACUCCUCCAAAUCCCAGAACAAGACUGUUUCCACCGUCGUGAAUCUGCACCCCAAUAGGACGUCAUUCUCAGGGUCAUGUGGUCCUACCAGCUCCACCCUGCUGCUGACGGAGAAUGGUACCAUUCUCAGCUUCACGUUUACGCUGAACUCCACCACUAAUAAGUAUCACCUGAGUGCUGUAAAUGUAUCUGCCAGCUGGCCUGAUAUGACAGCCCCAUUCUCAGCCUCUAACUCCACUCUGGACUACCUGAGGGGUACACUAGGCCGUUCUUACAUGUGCAGUGCCACCCAGACUUACGCUAUCGUAAACACUUUUUCCCUCAACACCGUCGGCGUGCGGGUGCAGCCGUUCGGCGUGAGAGAAAACCAGUUUGGAACAGCGGAUGAGUGUCCUGUGGAUCAGGACAACAUGCUGAUUCCCAUCAUUGUGGGCGCGGCCCUGGCCGGCCUGGUUCUCAUUGUCCUCAUCGCGUACCUGAUAGGCAGGAAGAGGAGUCAUGCUGGCUAUCAGACCAUUUAAACCUGUCACCCUCCCAUUACAAGACCAGGACGUCCAGCCGUGGCUCUUGUUGGACUGGUCAGGCUUUGAGUCCUGGCAGAAAAGACUGGCUCUGUGUGUGUGUGUGUAUGUGUGUGUGUGUGUGCGCGCGCGCGUGUGUAUGCGCAUUGUUUGAAUUCCUCUCCCCCAACCCUAUAUUUGGUUUUGUAGAGAAAAGGAGACCACAGCGCUACUGUUACUAACGACCAUCUCUCGAGUCUCUCCGUCUGUUACUACCAUCACCUGCUCUUCUUUUUUGCCUGCCUCUCAUCUCAAGAGUGCUCCAGUUACUAGAAGUGCUUUUCUUUCUGAAUGGUGGUUUUAUGAAAGACCCAUCCCUCUCUUUUCUGUCGUUUUCUCACGGCUGGUCACCAUGUUUCCCUCACCUCUUUUUUUUCUCAUCCUCGAGGUUGAAUUCGUUUGGGUUUUAAUGAAUCGUGUUAUUUAGUAGAUUUGUUUUAUUUCUGUAAAUAUGUGUUUACCAGACAUUUUAAGUUAUAUAUUACCAGGCUGGAGGGGGUGUGGUCGGAACGCCUGAGUAAUGAUGUCACCAUGGGCGCCGUGCUUAUCUACCAAUGGAGAGCAAACUCUGAGAGUGCUGGUUUAGAGCAGGCAGUGUUGUGUAUAAACAGUGACUGGAGGAUAAGCCGUAUGAUAAAUGCUGAUAUUAAACGUGUGAAAUAACGAGAGGGAGAGAGUGAGUGAGGGAGGGUGAGGGGAAAAAUGCUGUGUUGACAGAGGAGUGUUCUGUUGCAAUCCAAUACUUGGGUAAAUAAUUGAUUUUAGUUUCCAGUAGUUUCUUCAGUGUGAGGUGGAGACCAGCACCGUCAUCCAGGAAAAUACUUCUCAUGGGUUUGGUUUGUGUGAACUAGAACAGAGCGAUUUCACUUUAGAAACUUAAAAAAAACAACAACAAAAAAAGAAACGCUUAAGUUUCCUCCUCCUUUUCUGGCUUUUGUCUCCUUUUCUGUUGAUGAAUGAUGGGUCAUAUUUUCUGUGACAUCACCUUUGAGACCUCAGUAAUUUCCAGUAAAAAGGGAUGAUUAUGACCGACAACACCUAGCUUUAGUUUUGCCCCGCCCUUUAUCUUAUCAGUCUUUCACUCCCUCCUCUCCUCCCUAGCUAACUGCAGACCACUAUGCACAAGCGAGAAACAGU